GUGCCAUAUUUAAAGACAUUUCAGGAAACAGUUCAGGCAGUCUUUAAAUAUUAUUAUUACACUCCAAAGAAACGAAGAGAGUUAGCCUCUCUGUCAGAUAUUUUAGAUGAAGCAAAGGCACAUUAUGGUGGUCUUAAGGCAGUUAGAUGGUUGGCUAGUCGAAACAGGGCCCUUGUUGCUCUACAGACACACUAUGCUGUUACUGUUGCACACCUAGAAAAUGCCUCAACUGGCAAGAAAGAAGAUGCAGCUAAAGCAACUGGUAUUCUCAAAGUCCUGAAGUCAGAGCAGUUGGUCAAGUAUUUACAUUUCAUGAUUGAUGUUACAUCAGUCCUAUCAAGGUUGUCAGUUCAGUUCCAGAAGGAUAUCACCAUCAAUGAGGUUGUUUGUGGAAUUGAGAAAUCCAUUACAGAAUUAAAGAAACUGGAGAAAGGUGGAGUACACUACCAGGGAUUCUGUAAGAGAUACAGUGAGCAAAAUGGCAAGCUGGUGUGUGGCAAAGAUAACAAACAAGAGCUCACUUUGACACACAAAGGCACCAACCCUAUGCCUUCCUUCCAGAAGCUCCUCAAUGGCAUAUCCUCCUAUCUUGAAAAAAGGUUUGAGUCGCUCACAACGGAACCAGUGAGCUGUUUUAAAGUGUUUGACCACAGGUUUUGGCCAAUGACUAGAGAAGACCUACUUCAUUAUGAGAUGAUAAUGUGAAGACACUCGUCCAGCACUUUGCAGUACUUCUUUCUGAUGAAGAGAAGAAAUAUAUUUUGUGUGAGUGGCUUCAAUUGAAACUUUUGUUAUCUUGUGAGAGAGCUGUCAAACCACUUGAGCUCUAUGCCUCACUUCUCAUCUCCAAGCCAGAUUCUAUCAAGAAUGUACUGGUUCUUGUAGAGAUUAUGACAGUGCUUUCUCCAUGCACAGCC